AUGGAGUACCCGAUGUAUCUUGGCCACGUUGGCUCUUCCUACGUGAAGCUCGAACAAACCACAGACGAACAACCACAAUGUGUUAGUCACUCGGACACCAAUGCAUCCGAGACUACCUCCGGAGGCGGUUCGAUCCGCGUCAAACAGGAACCAGGCUCACCCGAGUUCUGCUUCGAGGACUGGCUACAGAGGUUUGAACAGGAUUCGCUACUGCUGCUGGAACUUCUGCAACUGCCGGAAAAGAAUGUCCCUGUUGGCUCAAACAUUGGGGCGACAAAUGUGGUGCUGACCAACCAUGUAUCCUCCGACUUCAUCAUCAAUGAGAAUGGCUACUACACGUACGUGGGACUCCCUGAGUCGCAUCAUCCUGUCGUCAAUGAUGCUACGUUUGGUACAAACAAAGUCGCUAACGUCGUUGGUGCCUCAAAAGUGUCUAAGGAGUUCAAACGCCCGUCGUUUGGUGAGUUCUGUGAAUCAAGAUACCCAUGGCUAGAGCGAGGCGACUCGGUUACCCCUUUUGAUGGUAAUGUCUACAUGUGGAAGAGUGGUGAAGACCUCCCAUUGUACGUGAACGACGAGCCGUGGGUGCUAUCGCUUGACAAAUCGAAAUUAAACCCCGCUCGGGUGUCGCGACUGGUACAGCGGACGACUCAUUACGAACGGAGCUACUUGGAUGCUGUCUACGCCUACGUAGAUGCUGAAGGGGGCGUCGUUAAUUCGUCGUUGGUAGAAGCAGGGGUGACGCGUCCAAUGGGCCAAGUGAAACGUCGCCGCCACUCAGACAAGGCUCUGCCCUGGGAACCGAUGCUGAUUUUCACCGUGUUCACCAACUGCAAACCGAUCAACUUCAAAGGCUCAUUUGUGGUGGCUCCUCACCGCAUCCGCCAACUGUGUUUCGGCAAAGUCAACAUGAGAAAGCGCCGGGCGUGGACUCGUGUGGCUAGACAACGGCACCACUUGGAGUGA